GUGGCGUGAACGGGCCGCAGACAGUAACCAACUGAAGUGUUAUUAUCACUAGAGGACUGUACAAACUGGUUUAUGUUUAGAACAAGGACGGACUGGUGAUAAUGGCGAUGCUAAUACUGGUUGGUAUGUUGGGUAUGUUGAUGGCAGGAACUGGUGUAGCAGUAAACAGAGAGGGUGAGCAUUCCCUCUUCUACAUCUACACGGCUCUCUCCAAACCUCUCCAACUACCCGGCAUUUAUGAGUUCAUUGCGCUGGGCAUGCUCGAUGACCGAGAGCUCGAUUACUACAGCAGUGAGAAACAAAUAAAGCUUCCAAUGCAGACCUGGAUGCAGGAGAAGAUGCCAGAAGAUUACUGGGAGAAAGGAACCCAGUCCCGCAAGAGUAAAGAGCAGUGGUUCAAGGUCAACCUGGAUAUCCUGAUGGAUCGGAUGAACCACACCAAGUCUGAUGUUCAUGUUCUUCAGUGGAGACACGGGUGUGUGGUUAAGGAAAACACAGAUGGAAACGUUUCAUUUGUUAGCGGCAUUGAUGAGUACAGUUAUGACGGCUCAGAGUUCCUCUCAUUUGACCUACAAAACUCCAGAUGGAUCGCUCCGGUCCCUGCUGCUCAGGCGACCAAGAAUAAAUGGGAUGACGUGGCCAUUCUAAACCAGUACACCAAGGGCUACCUGGCGAAAGAGUGUGUGGACUGGCUCUCCAAGUUCAUGGGCUAUGGAGAAGCAUCACUAAAAGCACACAUUCCACCGGAUGUGUUUAUAUUCGCGAAGAAAUCAGUAACCAACCCCGACAAGUUGACCCUGACCUGCUUGGCCACCGGUUUCUACCCUCCUGAUGUGCAGAUGUAUAUAAGAAAGUCUAGAACUACUCUGCCUGAACAUCUAACAACAUCUUCAGGAAUCAGACCCAACGAUGACGGCAGCUACCAGCUGAGGAAGUGUGUGGAUGUCCUGGAGCAGGAUAAAGCUCGUUACGAUUGUUACGUCACCCACAGCACCCUCAAGGAGCCGAUAAUUACAAAUUGGACUAUAGAUGGAAAAUGCUUUGACUGUGGUGUGGUUUCGCCUGGAAUCAUUGGAGCUGGGAUUUCGGUGGUGCUCACGCUGCUUUUGGUCGGACUGGUCCUCUUCAUCCUCAAAAAGAAAGGAAUAAUCAUGAGUCCAUGUGGAUCAAAUGGACACGUCAACGAAAAUGGGUAUAACCUAACAUCUACAGGAGAAAUUGCAACUGUAAAUGGAGGAACAGCCUGUGCAGACCCUGAUAGAGCCAUGAAUGGAAAUGGGUUCCAUUCUUAAAGUGCUGCAGGAGGAACUGAUGAGGAACUUUAAAGUUAGAACCAAGCUGCUGAUAAACGUUAUGGUUUCUCAUCCACUAAGCUUUUGUUUUCAGUGUUGAUUAACGCCACACAUUUCUGAGGUUCCGGUUUGAUUGGUGAGAGCAUUUCUGUGAGCUACCUUAAAGCAUUUCAUUUACAUUUAUACAGUUUGGGUGAUUAAGGGUUUAGGGGCCUUGCUCAGGGGCCAAACAGUGGCAAUUGAACAGGCAAUCUUUUGAUUAUAAGUCCAGUUACCUUAACCGCUGAGCUACCACUGAGCUACCAAAAGAUUACAUACACUGAUCAGUCAUAACAUUAAAACCACCUCCUUGUCCAUUUUAUCAGCUCCACUUACCAUAUUACUGACUGUAGUCCAUCUGUUUCUCUACAUGCUUUUUAACCUGCUUUCACCCUGUAUUUCAAUGGUCAGGACCCCCACAGGACCACCACAGAGCAGGUACUAUUUAGGUGGUGGAUCAUUCUCAGCACUGCAGUGACACUGACAUGGUGGUGGUGUGUUAGUGUGUGUUGUGCUGGUAUGAGUGGAUCAGACACAGCAGCAGUGCUGCUGGAGUUUUUAAAUACCGUGUCCACUCGCUGUCCAAUCUAUUAGACACUCCUAUCUAGUUGGUCCACCUUGUAGAUGUAAAGUCAGAGACGAUCGCUCAUCUAUUGCUUCUGUUUGUGAGUCGGUCAUCUUCAGUGGUCACGGGGCGCUGUUGGCUGGAAACUUUUGGUUGGUGGACUAUUCUUAGUACAGCAGUGACAGUGAGGUGUGUAAAAACUCCAGCAGCACUGCUGUGUCUGAUCCACUCAUACCAGCACAACUACAAAGUGCUUCUAUAUGGUAAGUGUAGCUGAUAAAAUGGACAGUGAGUGUAGAAACAAGGAGGUGGUUUUAAUGUUAUGGCUGAUCGGUGUUUAGUGUGUUAAUGUUACAGUAUUUGAUUAGUAUUUCCACAUCAGAGGUCAAAAUUAUUUUGAUUGUUGUUUUGUGUAACGUUUGUGUUUUAUUUUUAUUAUAUGUGGUUUUUAUAUAAGUACAAGUUUUUGUAUAAGUACAUGGAGUAAAAAAAAAAAAUCUCCAUUGGAGUCAGAAAGUUAUGAUGUCCAGAAAUGCCAUUGACCUCCCUCUGCUCAACUUCACUUGAAGUGGAUUUAUGCCUAGUUCACACUACACCAUGUUUGCCCUGUUUUUAGCUCUCGAUCGCUCAACGACUCGAUCUGAGAGAAGACCUGAAAAUAUCUAGUGUGCUAAAUAUCUGGACCUGUCGGCGACUCAGAAUCCUGAAGUAUGAUCCAUUGUUGCAGUCAAUGUAUGAGUCGAGCUUCAGCAAAUGAGAAUGCAAGAUAUGGAGUGAUGGGGAACCUGGGGGUGGAGCUUAUAAACGUUAACAAGCAUGGUUUCUAUCAGAAAACAUCAGCACACGCACAAGCUUUACAGUAUUUGUGACCUUAUCAUCCACACCAAACCAGAAUACCCAGGCUGCAUUGCAAAAAAAAAAUUAUAUAGCUCCGACUCUCUCUGCAGAACAGAACAGACCAUCCCUGCUGGUCGUGCUGACAUCCAUUUCUGAAAGGAUAAACCCGUCUCAGACGUGGUAUCAUUAAACCCCUCGUCACCUCUCGCUUGUGUUUUGGUGACUAAAUGUAGUUUGGGAGACCAGACAGACUCGCCUGUGAUUCCUCCUGGUGAUAGAUGGUGUAGUGUGUGACCCUCUAAUCACCCAUCAGUGUGUAGUGUGAAAACCACGAGGACUUAAAAGACUCCCGAUUACAAGAGAUCCAGUCGUGUAGUGCAGGGGUUUUGGCCCACAUGUUGUCCAUGAUUUUUUGACCACAACACAAACAUAAUCUGGUCCCACUGUGGUUUACAAGAUGUAACGCAAAGCCUUCACAAGAGGGCACUUGUGUACAAGUUAAAAUGAGUUGAUUUAAUCGUUAUUAUUUGAAAGUCCUGUACUGUGAACUUGGCAUAAUGUGAAGUAAAAAAGAAGAGAACGAUUCGUACAUGAAAAAAAAAAAACGUGUAAAGAAAAUGAGAAAUGUUCUGUGCUUCAGUCUGAAUGAGAAAAGAAUCGUUCAGGUUGCGAUCAGUUCAGGAGCGAGGGAUGUCAUGGCAUGGGGGGUGUAUCGGUGCCACCCAUGAGCGUGGGUGACUGGUACAUCUGUGAGGGCGUCAGUGCAGCUUUUUUCGCCUUGAAGCACAAACGUAACCAAGCCAGCUCGGGCUGAAAAGCCGAACUGCUGAGGGCUUGUAGAACUGUCAAAAAGAGCAGUUUUUCUUUUAUUUUUAUUAGCCGCUUUGUUGCAAGGCUUCAGCCACACCCUCUUCAGACACAGCCGGUCGUGUCUGCACAAAGCACUUUCAAGAUUCAAACCCAGACGUCUGCAGUACGGAGCUAGUGUUAUAGAUGGCCGCACCACACAAGUGCCUGUAAAAAUGUUUUGCCCCAACUGUUUACAAACAUUUAAUAUUUUUAAACUCACUUUUGUAUACAGGACUGUGAAAAAGUAUUCCCCCCCCCAACCGAUUUAUUUAAUUUUGCUGAUUUGUCACAUUUAAAGGUUUAAAGGAUUUUCUGGUAGAGAGCAGAAUUUAGGUUGUCCAGGUCCUGCAGGAAGCAAAGCAGCCCCAGACCAUCACGCUACCACCACCAUGUUUCACUGUUGGGUUGAUCUUGUUAAGGUGGAGUGAGGUGUUAGAUUUUUGACAAAUGUAACUGGACCCACGUCUUCCAAAAAGUUCCACCUUUGACUCAACAGUCAACAGAAUAUUAUCCCAGAAGUCUUGGGGGUUGUCUAGAUGUUUUGGCAUGUAAGAUGAGCCUUUGUGUUUUUUUUGGCCAGCGUCCUUACUAUUUUGAAAUCAUGCACAUUGACCUUAACUGAGGCGAUUGAGGUCUGCAGGUCUUUAGAUGUUCCUCUGGGUCCUUUUCUUUUCAUUCUUCUGAAUAUGUUACAACUCCUGGGAAGGUUCACCACUCAUCCAAGUUUGCUCCAUUAGUGGAUAAUGGCUUUCACUGUGGUUUGGUGGAGUCCCAGAGUCUUAAGAAUGCCUUUGUUUCACAUCUGUACUGAGGCGAUUGAGUUCUGCAGGUCUUUAGAUGUUCCUCUGGGACCUUUUCUUUUCAUUCUUCUGGAUGAGUCACAACUCCUGGGAAGGUUCAUCACUCAUCCAGGUUUGCUCCAUUUGUGGAUACUGUGGUUUGGUGGAGUCCCAGAGUCUUAACAAUGCCUUUGUUUCACAUCUGUACUGAGGCGAUUGAGUUCUGCAGGUCUUUAGAUGUUCCUCUGGGACCUUUUCUUUUCAUUCUUCUGGAUGAGUCACAACUCCUGGGAAGGUUCAUCACUCAUCCAGGUUUGCUCCAUUUGUGGAUACUGUGGUUUGGUGGAGUCCCAGAGUCUUAACAAUGCCUUUGUUUCACAUCUGUACCGAGGCGUUUGAGGUCUGCAGUUCUCUUUAAAUGAUCAUCUGGGUUCUUUUCUGCGCUUCUGGAUGAGUCGCAAUUCCUGGGAAGGUUCACCACUAUUCCAAGUUUGCUCCAUUUGUGGAUACUGACUCUCACUGUGCUUCACUGGAGUCCCAGAGUUUGAACAAUGACUUAGUUUCGCAUCUUUAUUUGAGUGUCUGUAGAACGAGGCACCUACAGUGAAACACGGUGGUGGUAGCGUGAUGGUCUGUGGCUGCUGUGUUUUUUGAGACCUUCUGUCCUGCUUCACAUCACCAGACAGGAACGUAAAUUGAAGUUUAGAUUCAGCAGGCCUUGGAGUGAUCAUGUGACCAGGCGUGGUCGGUCUUUGUCUGAUAUUACAAGUAGUUUGAUGAUGUGAAACGUAGAAUACUUGUUCACAGCUCUGUAUGUUAUUAGCAUUUCAGAUGUAACAUUUCAGGUUUAUGUCAGGAGCUGAGUUGUAUCAUUUCUGAUGGUGUUUAAUAUUAUGGUGUUUCAUGUUUGAUAUGAUUGAACCAGCAGCAGUGAGAUACUGAACCGUUCACUAGGUUUGUGGUUCAUGUAAAUAGUGAUAAUAUGAGGAGGAUUCAGAACAGGAAGUGUUUGUGAAGUCCUGAUCUGAACAUCCUGUGAGUGAGUAAAUUUCAUACAAGGUUGGAAAGUAUGUGAUACACUAUGUGGACAAAAGUAUUGGGACACCUCGUUUAGUUACUGAAUUCAUGUUUUUCAGCCACAGCAGUCGCUAACAGGUGUAAUAAAUCAAUUAUAUUAAGAAAAUAAUAUGCUUUCAACUGUGCAGCAAUAGUUUAGGGAAGGCCCUUACCGAUUCCAUCAGUGUGCUCUAUAAAGACGUAAAGAAAAGCUUGGGUCUAAAGAAACUGCACAGAGUCCAGACGUCAGCUACACUCAACAGCUCUGGAAUGAACCGGAACAUCAACUGAUCAAUCAGUGCAAUCUUGAGACUGAGCACAAAUUCCUACACACAGCCAAACUUCAAAGUCUUGUGAGAAGCUUCUCAGAAGAGCGACUGUUCUAGCUGAAAUGAUCACACAGAGGUCACUGUUUGUUCUUGUCUGACAAGCUCAUGAUCAGGUGUCCAGAUACUUUUGUCCACAUUGUAUAAAUUGUACAUUGCAAGCUUGACUUUGUAUUAAUAAAGAUUUGAAGAUUU